UAGCCUAUGCAUAAAAACCUAGCUAACUCUCCAAUUAAACAAACGAAGUAUCCAACAUCAAACACAAAAAAAAUGGAAAAAAACCACCACUCUCUUCUUCCUCAUUCGAUCUCAAUCGCCGAGCACGCAGAGGGGAGACCGGUAUCUGUGAAAAAAGAGCCACCGUUUCACUCCGCGCUCCGCUCGGUCCAGAAACCGCCGGUGAAGCUGUGGAAGAGGCCGGAAUUGCACCCGCAGCCACCGUCGCGACCAAAGGUGUACUUCGUGGAGCCCCGCGGGUUUCGCGAACUGGUGCAGAGGCUCACAGGAGCGCCGAAGCGGUCGCUUAAGGAAAUGGUGCAGCCGCCUCCGCCCCUCGAACUCGAACCGCCACCGCCACCGCCGCUGCUACCGACGUUUCGCGACAGCACAGCUGCGGCGGUCGAAGCGGAAGUUAGUAGUAGUAAUAUUAGCAAAGGAUUGAAUUCUCCGGGCUUGGCCGGAUUUUUGUCGCCCACGUCGUUUUAUACGAAUUGGUGUUCAUUUCCGCUUCUUAGCCCGGCUUCUAUGGCGAGUCUCGAACAUAAUGGUGAACCAGUGCUUUGAUUUUCGGGCAAAAUGCUUAAUUACCCAAGCUAAGAAGAGUUAUGUUCUAUUUUAUUUCCUUGUUUUUUGGUUAUAUCUUUUCUUUUUCAGGCUUUUUUAAUUAGGCUAUUUGAUGUUAUCAUGUUAUUUUAUAUAUGAGAUGCACGAAUUAGGAAGAGGAAUCAACAGUUUCUAGAUUGGAUCAAGGGGGGAAAACUAGUGGAUGAGUUGAUUCUAUUUGAAAUAUUUUGAAAAUUCAAA